AUGAAAGACGGCAAAAGAGUUCCACCUGUGAUCUCUAUAGUUUGCAAUUUUACAAAACCUACCGGUGACACACCAGCCUUACUGACAUUUGAUGAAGUGUCCACUUACUUUCAUGAAUUCGGUCAUGCCCUUCACGGACUGCUUUCCAAUGUCAAUUACAGCUCUCUUGCAGGGACCAAUGUACCUACCGAUUUUGUGGAACUUCCAUCUCAAAUCAUGGAAAACUGGGCAUUAGAACCUGAAGUAUUGAAGAGUUUUGCAAAACACUAUAAAACAGGUGAAGUGAUUCCCGAUGCGCUGAUCCAAAAAAUGAAGAGUUCCGGCACCUAUGGUCAGGGCUUUGCUACCACAGAGUACCUGGCAGCUUCCAUGCUGGACAUGGAUUUUCAUACUCAAAAGCAGGUAAUGGAGAUGAAUGCCACAGAUUUUGAAAAGAAAAGUAUGGACUCCAAGGGAAUGAUC